AUGGCUUCCUCCAACGAUUCAAGCUACACCGAGAUGAAGGGCGAAGUCGAGGCUAUCGGGGCACACUGCCAGAUGGAAUACUGCCAUGUACUCGACUUUUUACCGUUUCGCUGCGAGAGUUGUCAGGGCAAGUUCUGCCUAGACCACCGCACCGAACACGCCCACGCCUGCACCAAAGCCGGCGACUGGGCCCGGCGAAGAGCAGCUCAAAACGCCCUCACCUCUACUAACACGCCCCUCACCCCGAAACCCAGCCUCUACACCCAUGAGCAGCAAUGCUACGAGCGCGCACCACGAUUGCAAAAUAUCCCGCGCCGCGGCGUCACUCCCCUGGGCGGCGCGAGACAGCAAACUAUGAGCGCGCUGAUGAAGUUGAAACUGUGGGCUGAGAAUAAGAAGAAGGAGGAUGAGAAAAGGAGGGGUGCAGCAAAGAAAACAGGCGGCUUUUUGGGGCUGGGGAAGAGCUCGAGUAGUGCGGCGAGUACGGCACAGGCUGAACUCAAUGCUCUGAAGAGAACGGCGAAGGGUGAGGCGAGCGUACCCCAGGAGAAACGCGUGUAUUUGCAUGUAGAGGCCUCGGCGGAUACCACGAAAGCGAAAUAUCCGACGGGCAAGUUCUUCUACAAUAAAGACUGGACGGUUGGCCGUGUGCUGGAUAUGGCGGCCAAGGCGCUGCAGGUGCAGAAUGUGAAUAAUCACGGGGGAGGUGAGGAGGAGAAGUUACGGGUUUUUCAUGUCGAGGGCGGACGAUUGCUCAAGUUCAAUGAGAAGAUUGGCGAGUCGUGUUCGAGUGGGAAUAUGAUUGUGCUGCUGAGGGGGGUGGGGUCGGGCGAGGCUCCGGAUUUGAUUGAUUUGUAGAGGGGGUUUAUGGCACAGGGAGUGGGUAUCAAAGAGAGCAGUUUCACAUGGUGUAGCAGGGCGUUCAAGGGCUGAUUCGUCUUAUUGUUUUGGAUGCUGGAGAUACCCGGGGUGUGUAUACAUGUACUGCCAUGAUAGAGCGAGGGCGUUUACACGUAUCGACACGGUGGAACGAAA